AUGCCGGGGCAGGAGCUGUGCCGGGCCGGGCUGCUCUCACACACAGGAGGAGACACCGAGCUGGUCACCAUGUGCGCUGUCACCCGCGUACUGGUGUUGCUGCUGUGGGCGCCGUGGCAGGAGCUGCUCGGGGCGCCGCUGGCCGAGCUCUCGGGGGACCAGAGAUUUCACACCUUCCUCAAAAACAACCUGGAAUUCACCCGCAAGAUCAAGGGGGAUGUGGCCGCACUGCAGCGUGUGGUGUGUGACACCUUCCAGCUGUGCAAGGAGGAAGAGCUGCUGCUGCUGCGGCAGGACCUGGAUAUCGCGCAGGCGCCGCUGGAGCUGUGCCACGGCCGCAGCUUCCAGGCGGACGCGUGCUUCAGCCAGAUCCGAGAGGGGCUCCGCACAUACCACAGCUCCCUUGAUGCCGUCCUGGAGCUGCUGCCUGGACACGCUGCGCUGGUGGAGACCCUGCAGCUGGAUGCUGCCAACCUAUCCUCCAACAUCCAGCAUCAGUUACAGAUGGAAGACCUGGGCCUGGCCACGGUGACGUACCCCACGGAGGCCCGGCGUCCCCUCCCCGCCUUCUCCUCCCAUUUCCACCACCAGGUCGGCGGCUUCUUCAUUCUGGCCAACUUCCAGCGGUUCCUGGAGACGGCGUACCGGGCGCUGCGGCACCUCGCGCACCUCUGACCCUGGCCCUGCACCACCUCUCCCUAUUUAUUUAUGUCCCAGCCCGGGCACCCUUCCCGGGAGCUCCUGGCUUUUCCGCCUAUUUAAUGUUUAUGGCUAUUUAAUAUCUCUCCGGCUGGGAAUGCUGCCCAGCACCAGCCCCGUGGUGCCACUGUGCACAGGCCCGUGCGCAGCAUCACCCUUGUUUAAUAUUUAAACAAAAGUGUAUCUCUGCUACGAGUUGCUGAGCCCCCAUGGGCUUCCCCAUGGGCUCAGGGUGCUGCAUCCCACAGGGAAACCGUCUUCAUCUGUUGGAGCAUCAUUUCCCUGCCUGGGCUGCAGGGACAAACCUGACCAGUGUCAUUUCUCGUUGGCGUAGUGACAUUCAUUAAUAUUUAUUAGCCAUUAGGGAAGAGGGAGGGAAAGAAGGAGAUGCCGUAGGGAUGCAGCAGCUUCCCAGGAUGAGGUUUUUCCACGGCCCAUCCCCUUUCCCUGUUAAACUCGGUGUAUUUAUUGCAGUUUAAGUUAUUCUCAUCCAUUUCCCAGUCUCAUGGCUCCCAGAGCCGUAUUGGAUGUUUCCCAGCCCAUUCCGGCGUGUUUUGUACUGUAUUUAUUGCUGCCUGAGCCCCAGAGACACAUCCCUGCUCGGUUUUAUACGCGAUAUAAACGGAAAUAAACUAUUUUUGCUCCAGA